AUGAUUAGAAGUGGGUUGAAGAUGACUGUACAGAAGAGAAAGCAAGUGACCAUUGAGGAAUUUUUCAGUAAGAGUAAGAAGUCGAAACCUGAUGCGAAGACCAUAUCAACAGACGCGAAAGUGGUCACCACAGAAACCGAUGAGAUUAAGAAUGAAGCUGUAAACAAUAGGAAGUCUGAAUUUGUCAAUAAUAAACUUGGUGAGUUACAAAGAGGAAUGUUGCAAUUGGAGGUGGACACCAUGGAAGACAGUUGGUUCAAUGAAUUAUCUGAUGAAUUCACCAAACCAUAUUUCUUGGGAAUUAAAGCAUUUUUAAAGAAUGAAAAAAUUGUGAAGAAAGCUACGAUUUUCCCACCUGAACAAGAUAUAUAUUCAUGGAGUCGUCUGACGCCUUUCAAAGAUGUGAAAGUUGUCAUAAUUGGGCAAGAUCCAUAUCAUAAUUUUAAUCAAGCUCACGGUUUGGCAUUUAGUGUCAAGAAACCUACACCUGCACCUCCUUCAUUGAAAAAUAUUUACAAAGAAUUAAAGAAUAAUUAUUCAGAUUUUGUUGUAGAUAAUAAGCAAGGGGAUUUAACACAUUGGUCGAAACAAGGUGUAUUAUUAUUGAAUACUGCAUUAACCGUAAGAGCUCAUAAUGCUAAUUCUCAUGCAAAAUGUGGAUGGAAUAUUUUUACUAGACGAGUUGUAGAGUUAUUGAUUGAGGAUAGAGAAACCACAGGUGAUAAUCUAGUGUUUAUGUUGUGGGGAAAUAAUGCAAUUAAAUUAGUUGAGGAUAUAUUGAAGAAACAUAAACAGACUAAAAAUAAUAUAUUAGUGUUAAAAUCUGUACAUCCCUCACCAUUGAGUGCCUCUAGAGGCUUUUUCAAUAAUAAUCAUUUUAAGAAGAUUAAUGAAUGGUUAGAAGAAAGAAAUGAACCCAUGAUAGAUUGGAGUGUAGUUCCCGGUACUUCGUUGAAUGAAGUUGCCAAAUACAAUGAAGCGUUACUGAAAAAAUAA